AUGAGCGCCACAACCGCUAGCAUCCCUGUCCAAAGCCUUCGCAGACCGCACAGGAGCGCCCCUAACAACAACAACAACAACACACCUAGAAGCCUAUAUGCUUACAUGCUUGCGCAACCGCCGGGACCAGACCCUGUCCAGGGCAAUAUCAUUCCACCGUUGCCACUGCUCUUGAAGACAAGUAGGCCGUCUCCUGUGCAAGGGAGCCGUGGAGGGGACGGGCAAUUCUCGGGCAGUCUCGACAACGUGAGCCCUUCCGGAGCGACAUUCACCUUGAAACGCAAAGCCAUCGCAAAUGCAUAUCAGAGUCGUACGAUCACCUCUCGAGGCAGUGGACAGGAUUCCGAAGUUGCGACCCUCGCCCACACCCACAACAAAGACUGGAGCGAUCUUAGUACGAGCAGCGCCGACAACGACUUCACGCCGGGUCUUCGUGCCCACGCACUGUCAGACGGUGAAAGAGAUAACCGGACGUCACUCAAUCACCAUCGAGGUGCAGCGUAUGUGUUGCUGGGGCACCCAGCAUCGCCUGCAAGAUCGAGUUUGCUCGCACAAACCGCCGGUGGCCAGACGGCGCGAGUUUGCGCCGAGAAGACGCAUGCUGCCGCAGACGCGAACUCGGUCGUAGAGGAGAUGUCUCUCUCCUCUCAACCUUCUACACACUUGGAAAUCGCGUCAGUCAGCCAUCUGGAUAAGGAGGCGUGCGACUUGCUCAUGUAUUUCCAUGAACGUGCGUCUAUCGCUUGUUCGACCGCCACCGCGCCUUGUAAGCGUGACGCAUUCAUCGCCGCUAGCGAUCCCGCUCUCAAGCACGCUGCACGCGCUCGAGAUAUAAGACACAUCUCCUCGUCUGGCAACGCGGCCCGCUCUGUCUACGAAUCCACCUCCGGGCCUAAAGGAUUAGCGCCAGCUGGCGUGGGAAUUGCCACUUCUGGCAUCAGCCGCUUUCCUCCGCGAGUGCGCGGAUUUGCGAGGCGAACCACGACAUGA